UUGAAAUAGGAGAAGAAAAUGCAAACGUCUGGGAAGAGAAGAUUAAACUCACUCAUUUAAUGCUCAUUAAAAAAGAAAAUAUCAAUUAGUCAAGAAUUAUCAUAGAAGUAACCACUCAAAUAAUACUGCAUCGACAAUACACAAGUGUAAUAAUACAAUAAUAUAUUGCUACUGGUAGUAUGAAAGACCAGCAGUCUGAUGAAGUUGUCAAUGCAGUUAUUGGGGACAGAUUGGCUUGUGAUGGUUACUUAGCAACACUGAGAUUCAUUGGUGAUGUGCCACCUACAAAAGGUGUUUGGCUAGGUGUAGAAUGGGAUGAGCCAGAUCGAGGUAAACACAAUGGCACUCACGAGGGACAUACUUACUACACUACAAGACACCCAAAAUCAGGCUCGUUUAUACGGCCUAAGAAAGCAAACUUUGGUGUCUCGUUCAUGAGUGCGGUCCAUGAUCGUUACGGGAAGAUUGAGGAUGAGAAUGCAGGCGUGAUAACUGAUGAACUGUUUGUGUUGGGGCCCAAUCAACAGACUGUGGUUGAGAUGGUGGGGGCGAGAAAAGUGAAUGACCAACAGAGCAAACUUGAGGACCUUAAGGAGGUUGCACUUCGAGGGAUGCUGGUCAACGGCACACUGCCCACUGACGACCUUUCUGCACUGGUUCCCUCUAUUGUUGACCUUGACCUGUCACAGAACCUUAUGAUGUCAUGGGGACAGGUGGCAGAAAUAGUCAAGCAGUUAAAAAAGCUGAAGUCGUUGAAUGUUAGUGAAAAUAAACUCCUGAUGCCAGAGCAAACUUCGAGUCUUGUGGACAGUUUCUCCCACAUUAAAGUGCUCUUCCUCAACAGAAUGGAUUUAACGUGGAAGGAGGUGUUGUGUUGCUCAGAAAUGUUCACUAAACUUGAGCAGAUCCAUGCCUGUUUCAACAAAAUAACAGAAUUGUCUCCCUUGGAGAAUCACCUAGGCAACAUCAGACUGGUUAACCUGGAGUCCAACUGCCUGACAGACUGGUCACAGUUAUUCUGUCUGGGAAGUCUUCCACUACUGCACACAUUGAUACUCAGUGAGAACAAGAUAUCACACAUCUACUUCGACAGCAAUGGUCCAUCUUCCACUGACAUGUUCCCUAGUUUACGGUGUCUGACAAUCACCAGGAACCAGAUUAGUGAGUGGCAAAGCAUCAAUGAACUGAACAAGCUGGCCUGUCUGGAGGAGUUACGAAUCAAGUCCAAUCCACUCAUGGAGUUGGCUACACCGCAGACUGUAAGGCAGCUCUUGAUUGCUAGACUCCAGCAUCUGAAAAUGUGUAACCGCACAGAGGUGAGUAGUGAGGAGAGGAAGGGAGCAGAGAUAGACUACUUGAAGAGGUUUGGGCCGGAAUGGGUGAAAGCUGGAGGGAACCAGGACCCCAACCUGAAUAAGCCUACACCAGAAUUCCUACAGGAGCACCCGAGAUUCAACGACCUUGUGAAAAUCUGGGGCGCCCCCGAGGACUCUGAGAUGAAACAGCAGGCCACAACUCUUAAAAGCAGCCUGCUCGCUGUGAAGAUCAUCUGCCCAGGUUUGCCAGAGAGCCAAGCGCUGGAGAAGAAAUUACCCUCAACAAUGACAGUUGGAAAGUUGAAGGCCCUGAUAUUCAGGGUGUUCAAAAUUGACUCUGAGAUAAAGCUCUUCUACACAAGUCAAAAGGUACAAGGCAAGCAGUUGGAAUAUGAAAUGGAUAACGAUCAACACUUUCUGUCCUACUAUGCCAUAGAACAAGGAGACACUAUCAUUGUCAAGCUGUGAUAAUUUAAGAUAUUUUUAAUCAUUUAAUUAUAUAAAAUCUUGUGUUAUAGUGAUACUGAAAUAACAACUUAAUAAGUGUAAUUGGUUUAUGUCCUGUUAAGCCAUAGAACAAGGUGACAUUUUAAUUGUCUAGUUGUUUUGUAAGUAUAUAGUAUAAUAAUUUAUAUAGAUGUAAGUUAUGGGCCUUGGACUUCGAAUUUUUCUUAAUAAUAACUUUUUUCUAGAGGACUUUGUAACGUAAUGCUUUCAGAUAAAUGUAUUUAUCUGAUUUUGUGUACAUGAGUCUACUUAUAUGACUUACAAAUGAAGUGUGAGUUUGGUUCGGGGUCCAUUGAUUAUUGGCGAAGUUAUGGGCCUUUGACUUAGGAAUUUUAUUAAAAAUAACACUUCUGGAUUUUUUUCCAAAACUUUCUCAGACACUGUCCAAGUGUCAUAAUUUUGUGAAAAAGCAAUGGACCAUACUUCGUCAUGAUGUUUUAAACUGGAAUAUAGCUGCUGUGUGACUUCAAAAUGCAAUAGGGAGCAUAGCCUUUCACAAAUGCAGUUUUUGUUAUUGUUUCAUUGACAAAGGUCAUCAUUUUUUUGUUGAAUAAAUAAAGGUCAUAAACUUCAAAUAUAAUAACAUAAGUCACUUUUCAUGAUUUUGCAAUAUGUUUUGUUUAAAGCAUGUCAUACAAAGCUCUGACAAUCAAUGCAUUUCCAUAUUUUGUUCAACUGCGCUUGGAAAUGUGUUUAUACUCUUAACACAGGAUUGCUUUCUUUGUUAUAGCAAUCUACAAUAUAUUUAGUUAAACCGAUGAAACAUAAAACAGAGUCUAAAUUCUGUGACGACGACUACACGAGCCAGUCUAAAGGCUAGAAAUUUCGGAAUCUUCACGUAGAUCAAUAAUUAAUCAAUAUAUUUAUGUGUCAUAACAGCCGUACGGCUAGACAAUCUCCAUAGGAAAGGCUAUACGAACAGAGCCGUACGGCUAGCCACUGCCUUUACAAUUUGGGUUCAUAAAUAUUUUAUAAGGACAAUGUGCAGAAAGUAGAUUUUAUGGAAAAACUUUCAACCCCAUUUAAAAAAUGCAUACAAAUCAGUUAAAUAUCAUUAAUCAUGUUGAUAUGGUUUCACUUGAUUUGUAAUCCAAUACAGAUAAGUAUAUACAUGCAGAACCAUAAAUGUCCAGAAAAGCUGA